AUGAUGCCCACACAACAGCUGCAACCAUUGACAGGUGCGCAUAACUUGCCACCAUCAAUUGAUCAUCACAUGGCAUUAGACAGUCCACCAUUUGAAUGGCCAACAUCGCUCCAAUGGUCCCCUCCCCUCAACACUCCCCUCUCGUAUCAGCUUGACUCAAUGAGUGGUGUUGAUGCCCAGAGCAACCUCCCUGUUACUACAAAGACAACAUCAACAACAUCAACAACAUCAACAACAUCAACAACAUCAACAACAUCAACAACAUCAACAACAUCAACAACAUCAACAACAAUCUCGACAACAUCACAGACAUCAUCUUCCAACCAUCCAAUCGAUCUCGAUAAUGACAUGGAGGAUGCCCCAACUGUGGACACACAUACACACACGGUGCACAAGUAUAGUGUUGGACAGAUUAUCGAGGCCAGGUAUAUCUAUGAUAUUCAUCGUUAUAUCCAUUCCUUUUGGCCUGCCACCAUCACUGAACUCAUCAAAGAUACCAAUGGCAAUCCACUCUACAAAGUCAUGUUCAACAACCAAGAUGAAAAGGAAGAUGACGAAGUGGAACAUUCUGGUCUUGUAGUGGAUAAAGAUCACUUGCCCGAUCUCGACCAACUACUCUGGGUGAGACUCUCCACCAGUCUCAUUGACGUGUAUAAGGGAUCCAAGAAGAGAGCACCAAAUGGAGACUUUUGGUUCAGAGCUAAGCGGUUCGACACAUCCAAACUGGACACUCCCUAUGUGAAGAAACACCUUGGCUUGCACCUAGAGCUGGUGGACUUCAAUCCUCCAGCCCACGCCUUUCUCAAGCAUCCAGUGGAGCAUGGACGGCUGUAUGCCUUCAAUCCCAUGAUCUCUAACAAGAGUCAACUCCUCUCUAGGUUCAAAGACACUCAAGGCCUCAACACUGUGUUGCUUACUGACCUAGUCGAGACGACAAUCAAAGAGAUGGGUUUGCAACAGUUGGUACGCACUCUAGAAGUUACACCAGAAGGUCACUACAAAAGUUGCGUUAGGGGAAUCUCCAAAUUGAUCACAUCCAAGUUUGGAAUCAUCACCGUCUCCAUCCAAAGCCAUCACUCUGUCAUGUUCACCAUCACUGCCAACGAUCGUGCCUAUCUUUUGCAUCUGGAUUCUCUGUUGUUUGGGUCCCACAAAGACUACGCAAACAACUUCUAUGAUGAUUACAAGAAUGUUGUCAAGAAGAAGAAGUAUGAAGCCAUCCCCAUCAAGACCCUACAGAAUAAGGUGCAGACAUGUAAUUGGCGAUGUGGACUCUAUGUGUACAAGUUCGUAAGGUCCUUCCUCAGCAUGAUCGCAUCAACAGAUAGCAUUGGUGAGGAUCAUUUGUGCCAAUACCUCCAAUCGAUGACAAAGCUGAAGUGCAGAGAUGCUGAAGACUUUGACAAUGUGGAACAAAUCAUUCAAAUGUACACCAGAAGUUAUCGAUCAACCAAGUAG